UAACAGUAGUUAGAUGGGCGGACGUAAGUCCAAAGCAACAUAAAUUUUGCAACCGGUUGCUAAUUGCAUUGGGUUUACGUCUAUUUUAACCUUUAUGGUUAAUUUGGUGAAUGGUUUGAGGAGUAGCUCACAGUUGCUAAAAUCCCUCAAACAAGACUGUUUGUAUCCUUCUCGCUGGAUACCGCCCGUUAAAUACAUUGUCCUACCGUAUAGGAAAAUGUAUAACUAAAACAAACAGUCGUUCUUCUAUUUUUGACAGCCAUUUUUACAGAUAUAACUCAUCGCAUGAUUAAAGAGUCGAUUGUAACGGUUACCAUGGUUAUGAAGAGCAAUGCAAGAAAUAACAAAUUUAUAAUACAAAUCGCUGCGUAACAAUUAUAGAAGAACUGCAGCCUCCAGCGUAUCCCGAAGCCGCAACACGACUAAUGCCGGCCGCCACAUAGAGUACAUGGACAGCUCUCGCUCGCUCCCCGCAGCAUAGGGACCACAACAACGACGUCUGCCGUCCUCGACACCAUGGACAAUGAAAAAUACAAAUCGCUACGUCACAAUUAGAAGAACUGCAGUCUCCAGCGUCUCGCGAAGCCGCAACACGACUAAUGCCGGCCGCCACGUAGAGUACAUGGACAGCUCGCUCGCUCCCCGCAGCAGAGGGACCACAACAACGACGUCUGCCAUCCCCGACACCAACACAAUAAUACAAAUCGCUGCGUCACAAUUAGAAAAACUGCGGCCUUCACUGCGGUCUCCAGCGUCUCGCGAAGCCGCAACACGACUGUCGACUAAUGCCGGCCGCCACAUAAAGUACAUGGACAGCUCGCUCGCUCCCCGCAGCAGAGGCACCACAACAACGACGUCUGCCGACCCCGACACCAUGGACAAUGAAAAACACAAAUCACUUGCAAAUACGACAUCGCUACGAUUUUGAAGUCAUGACGUUUUCUACACCCUAAACCUUCAUCUUCAACUCAACCAAAAUGUUACAACUCAAUUGCAACUCCAGAGCAUCGGAGCCUGCAACAACAACUGGACAACGCGCGCAGCUCCGCGGCCGAGACGACGCGCACGCGACAGCACUGCGGGACUGCACUGAGACCAUGCAAACAACGUCCGCCGCCGCUAAACGCUAUAAACAAUACACAUUUGACCAACUCAAAAUCAUAUGGGAGCAUUUGUAGCAACGUUGAGCCUUCAUCCCACCUAAAAUUACCUGCGUUUUAUUAACUACUUUUUAUUCUAUUCAAUAAAAUCGUUUUAAAAAUGGAAA